AUGCAGCCAGAAGACAUGGACUCGUGGAGCAGCAGCACUCCCUCGGGCCUGUAUGAGCAGCACCGCCACGCUGCCUACUACGCGAACGGAUCCCUACCGGCCGAGGGCCCGUUCGACGCGCCCGAUGGCGAAGAGCCAGACUACUUCUAUCGUCAGGGUCCUUUCGUUCCUCCUUCCUCCCCCCCGCAAACAAACGCGGUCGUCAACGGCGCGAUGGCGACGGUCUCCAGCCGUCCAGACCCUCCUCAUCGCGUGCCCAGCGCUAAGUCGCCCUCGCCAGCCUUGAAGUCCGCCCGUCAGAACCUGCGGUCGGUAUCAAGCCCGGCCUCGUCGCUGCCCGUGUCCAAUGGUUCGAGGCCGACUGCGACCAAUUCCUACCGCCCGCCCGUCAAGAACAUUGUCAGCAGGUUCAACCAGACCCCCGGCACCGACGACAACGCCAGCGCCGCGAAGCUCCGAAAGCCCGCCCCUUCGACCAGAUCCGCUCCCCGUCAUGCCAGCUCGCCUGUUGCCGGCACCACAGGCAUCGAGCCCGUGCGCGAGGCUGAGUCUGAACACUCUCAUAUCGAACAAUCGAAGGGUAGCAAUGGGCUCAACGGCGCGGCAGGCUCCCGCAAUGUCCUGAGGCGUGGCGGCAAUCCGUCGCAGGCGCCCGAGCAUGGUCGCCGCCAUGCCAAAUCAUCAGUAAGCUCUUUAAGUUCGAGUCAAGGUGGUCCGGGUCGGCCGCUGCUGUUCGGUGAAGUUCCGAACGAUGCGCUCGGCCCAGAGUCACUCGGUUACGGCAUUUCGGAGACUGCACAUCCUCGCAGCGGUUCGCUAGAUGGCACUGCGCAACGACCUACUGGCUUGUUCUCCCAUGGGAGAAGCCGUACGACGCCAAACGUCCCGAUGCUCACAACUCCGGGACGCGGUCGCUCCGCAUCAGCUCUAGGACAUAGGAGAUCACGAAGCGACCUCACUGGCCUGCCAUGCUCACCACCGCACGAGGCUGAAUUUGACCCGAACGGCAUUGACGCGUACUUUUCUCAGAUCCAAGCUUCCGCUCGCGGAGCGCAUUCAAAGAUCCCCCUUCCGUCACCGCGACGUCCUUCCGUCACAUCUGAAUCCGCUUCCUCGAUCCAGUCAUCACGAGCAAGCUCUGCGCUGAGCGAUCGUAGAUACAACGCCAAGGCUCCGUCCGUCGACAAGAGCGCAAACAAAAACACCUCCAGCAAGGACUCCACGCCACGCGCACGUCCCGUCACACCAAGCUCGACCCGCAGAUACGCCACAACCCCUGGCAAGCGAUCACGCGAGAGCCCAAAGGUAUCGGUGCAAGUCAACGUUCCGCCGCCAACCUUGUCGCCUGUCCUUCGUAGCUCUCGCCCGCGACAGCCUGUAUCAGCGGCUUCAACCGCUGCCUCCAGGGCCAAGAUGGCCGAGCGCCUGAGAAACCCGCCGCCGUCCGCAAACAGGAGGGCGGCAGACAAAACAUCUGCAAGAGGGCCUCUCCAGAAGCCCAAGCCUCGGGGCGAUCUUGGGCUUGCAGGACCUACCAUCGCUGACAGGAAGGCGCUAAUUGAGAAGUCGAUGCGGGCCCAAGGGAUUUCAGCCCAUCGGAAAGCCCCUACAUCGAAGCCGAAAUCUACGUCCCGCGCAGUGAGCCCUUCCUCCGAUUCGCGCGAUAAGCACGAUGUACAGAUUGGUGUCGACGACACCGUUACACCGGAUGGGGAUUCGGUGCAUAGUCAAAGGGUGUCUACAGACAGUCUGCUCCAAGCAGAACGAAGUUCCAAGGCGGGAGCGGCAGCGUCUGAGACCGAGGAGUCUCCGGUGCUGGGGGCGCUUGCACCUGCUUUCUCCCCUAAAGCUCAGCGCGACAUUACACCCAAGCCAGACUCUCAGCGCGAUUCCGCCUUCCAUGAGAGCGGGGAUGACGACUUCCCCAAUCAUCGUUCCUCCUUAGCAAAUGCAAACCCGAUCGACAGGAACAUACUCGACCAGGUGCUGCAAAUGCGUGAAAGCGUUUGCUCCAGUGCCUCUCACACUGACACUGCGGAAAGUGAGAAGGAUGACUCGGGCUCCAUAAACAUCAUGCUGCGGGCGACCCCCUCGCUAGAACAAUCGCAGCAGUUGUGGUCCGGCCAAAGCCAGGGAUCUCGUGAUCAGAGCGCCCGCUGGAGCACUACCUCAUACGAGGCGUCGGUUGAGGGCAUCCAGUUCGUCGAUGACGGGAGCGACCGGCGCGACUCUUACCUAUACGAUUCGCACUCCUCCAUUGCGCCAGAUGAUUCGGUCAGCAUGGCCAUGCCACGACAACAUCACGAUCCACGUGCUGCAGACUGGACGCCCCAGAUUCACCGCCUACCCUCGAAUGGCCGCUUCACUCGUGAUCAGAUCGAGUCAAAUAGCAUGAUUCUCAAAAUCCUUGACUUCUACCGGAGCUCAAAAACGGUCACGCCCGAGAUCGCCCACGGUUUCCAGCAGCAAAUCAAAGCUGUUUCUCCUUUCCUGGAAUACGACGAGUGGACAUCGAGAGAAAAGACCGAGCAGUUUCUUACAAGUCUGGUCAAGGAUAAUGCCAGUGUCGCUUCAAUUUCGCCAGAAAACACCCCGAAACAACCGUCGCAGACGUAUGUCCAAGAUGACUUCCUCGAUGACUACGAACGGCGUUUGGCACCGGAGGGCGACUUGGGUGGUACUGCCAUCAUAUACGGAUCGUCGGAGUUUUAUGGGAAGCCAUCACGUCCUGCAAGCAUCAAAGACGUGGGAGCGGAGGAUCGGCCGGCUCCUCCCCCCAAGGAUUGGAGAUACUCGCCCGGACAAGCAGCCCAGAGCGCUUCGCCGAGUGGAGGUCCGACUACACCUCUUAACCCCGUUUCGAGGCUCACCAGCCCGUUCCAGCCCAGCUUGGCGCAAGUCCAAAGCACUACAGAAGGGCUGGGCCUUAGUAUCCAAAACCAUUCAUCAAAUGCGGAUUCUCCCGUUUCAAAGCAUAAUGCAGCCGCACCCCAAGCUGAUGCCGUUGCUGGAGCACCAACUACACCGCCUGCGCCAAGUGUGCUCAGAAAGCCUUCUCAGGACUACGCAGCUCCGGAGGAUACUGAAGCUGGCGCUACCAAAUCAAAUCACGCCGCAGAGGAUCCCGAUGGAGCUGGACAGCAAACCGCAUCAAGUGCUGCUAGCCUCAUGUCGCCGGGGACGACAAAUGAGAAGCCAGCCCAGCAAGACCCCGAGGACUCGAGAAGACUCGCUCAACGGAGAUAUCAGAUCAAGGAACUGCUGGAAACCGAACUUCACUACUUCCAAGACAUGAAGGUUGUGGAGGACAUAUACAAGGGCACGUCGUAUGCUAUCCACGAAGUCAGUGACGACGACCGUAAAGUCCUCUUUGGCAACACUGCCGAGAUUGUUGCCUUCUCCCUCAACUUCCUUGAUGCCCUCAGGCCUGCGGCGGAGCCUAUAUUCAAAUUGAACCAGGGUGGUAGAUGGCACAAGCGCAACAGCAUCUCGACAAAUGGCGAUCCGGCCGAAAGUACUGGACCACCGGACGACCGCACAGACAGAAAGACAGCCAUCGGUGCCGCCUUCCUGGAUCAUUUGAAUGAGAUGGAGAGGGUGUACUGCGCGUACGUGCAAAACCACACUGCGGCGAACAACCGUCUCCAGGAGAUCCAAAAGAACAAACAGGUUCAGAUAUGGCUGAGUGAAUGCCACAACUAUGCGGGCGACAUCACCACGGCGUGGGACCUGGACUCCUUGAUCAUCAAACCAACCCAACGGUUUCUCAAGUACAGUCUACUGCUUGAGGGCAUAAUAAAGAUGACACCAGAAGAUCAUCCCGACUACACGAACCUGAAGUUUUCCCACGAGGGUUUGAAGGCGCUCAGCACCAGGAUCAACGAGACCAAGGGAAGGAAGGAGAUCGUAGAGAAAAUCGUCACGCGCAAGCGUGAAAAAUCCGACGCCGGUAUCGGGGCCGCCGUGCAGAAGGCUUUUGGGCGGCGCGCCGAGAAGGUGAAGCAACAGGUUGGCCUUUCUGAGACGGUCGACGAUCCCGAGUACGACGCCAUUUCUCAGAAGUUUGGGGGACAUUUCUUCCAGCUGCAGAUAGUCAUGAGGGACGUCGAAAAGUACCUCGAGGACGUUGACCGAAUGGUCAAACAAAACUGCAUCCUGGCAGAAGAGCUGGAAAAGUGGCUUAACGUUGGCCUGCCCGAGCACCCUGAGAUCGAGAGCAAGUGGCGCCAAUACAUGGUGAUGAUCAAGGAGAUCACCUCUUACGCGCUCGAGAGUCACAAGGAGGAAGUCCGCAAGACCGUCAUCAAGCCAAUAUCGGUCCUUUGGGAUCUGCACGGAAAGCCCCAGAAGCUCAUGCAAAAGCGGAAGAAGCGCCUGCCCGACUAUGCUAGAUACAAGCUCCUCAAAGACAGCGGCGGAAAGGUCGACAACAAAUUGAAGGAAGUUGGCGACGAGUUCGUCGCCAUCAACGGAGCGUUGAAAGAUGACUUGCCUAAGCUCUACUCCAAGACUAAGUUGCUGAUCGAGGCUUGUCAGAAGAACCUUAUCGAUUCUCAAAGAAGGUGGUACCAGGUCUUGAGCCUGCAGUUCGAGAAACCUCUGUUCCAAGGAGAGCAAGUCGAUAUCAAACUUCUUGAACUGCCGGCCAUCGAAAACGCCUUUGAGGUGGACUACUUCCGGUGCAAGGAGGAACUAGAGCGCAUCGAGAGUGUCAUCCGUGGUGUCAAGGAGGCUGCGGCAUUCUCUCCGGCCACCACCUUCAUGGGUGAUGACCUGUCGAUGAAGCGCCCGUCGACGUUUGCAAGCUCCAAGCGCACCCAAUCCAUCAACAGCGACCAUUCCAUCAUCAUCACGUCGCCCAUCCCUGGUUCGCAACGCCAAAGCGGCAACUACUCUCACGUGGAAGUGGGGAACACGCCCCUCAUCAUGGACCCUCCACAAAUGUCACCCACCAUGCCUUCUCCAACGGGCCCAGGAAGAGUUCGGGCAGGGUCUACCAUGUCAAGCCGUGGCCCCUCCACGCCCCAUUCGGUUUCCGCCCAGGUGCCGGUUGCCGGCUACUUCCCCCAGCGGCCAGCCACUUCUACGGGACGCACCCCGGAUCCGCAAUCGUCUCAGACACGAAUCAGUCUGGAUGCUCCCGACCAGGGCCGCACAUCUGGCCAGUCUGCUGUCUCGUCGCAGUCUCAGAACACCCGGUCUUCUUCCAUCUUCUCGUCUGCCAUGCCCAUGUCAGAUUCCCCUACGGAUACCAGAGAUGACGGCCUUGAGCAGGAUGGCAGCGAGGAGAAGGUCUUGUUUUUGGCUGCCAGUCUGUUCGAGUUCAACAUCGCCCAUGAUCGUCGUGAGGCUGGAUUCCCAUAUCUGGUCUAUGUUCCUGGAGAGGUCUUCGACGUCCUUGGCAUGCGAGGCGAGCUGUGGCUUGCCAGGAACCAAGAUGAUUCGUCCGGCACCAUUGGCUGGAUCUGGGAGAAGCACUUCGCCCGCAUUUUCUCGGAGUGA